AUGCCAAAAAAUGUCGCCGACAGUGAAUUACCCACACAUAUCACGUCGUUGCGUGAAACUUUCUUGCGACAGGAGGAAUUCGAUCAAACGUAUUUGUUUCUACCACCGCCACAAGUGGAAGACAAGAAACGAAAAUUCAUAUUGAAAGUCUUUCAUCCCUGUUUAAGUCCAGAGCAGUUCGUUCGUUUCAUUGUGUCGUUUAUUCCAAUAGUCGGUUGGCUACCCGAUUAUAGAUGGAAGCGAAAUUUGAUGGGUGACUUUAUGGCCGGAAUUACGGUUGGAAUUAUGCAUGUACCUCAAGGCAUCGCCUAUGCUAUUCUUCAGGGCGUCGAUCCAGUUUAUGGCCUCUAUUCGUCAUUUUUUCCAGUUCUUUUCUAUAUGGUCUUUGGUACGUCACAUCAUGUCUCAAUUGGUUCGUUUGCGAUAAUCAGUCUGAUGACAGGCACAUCGAGAGCUGAAAUACUAGAGACAAUACAUGAUGAAUAUUUGCACGAUGAAGGUCAUUACCUGGAACAGGUGGCACAGCUCGGUUAUACGUCUGUGGAUUUGAGGAAUAUAACCGAUUAUGUUCCGUUUCAUUUGAAGGGUGUUAGUGGUAUUCAAGUGGUCACUGUAAUAACGUUGUGUGUAGGGUUCGUUCAUGUGAGCAGCUCAUUAAAAAAAUAUUUGCAGCUGCUAAUGGCAUUAUUACGAGUGGAAUUUGUGACGUCGUAUUUAUCUGACCAGCUUGUAUCGGGUUUUAGUACAGGUGCUAGCGUUCAUGUGAUUAUCGUACAACUCGAUAAAAUAUUUCAAGUACCUGUCGAUUUCGUUGACGUUCAGAGCGUUAACGGGCCAGGCGGAAUGUUAAUGCAACUGGUCAGUGUUUUAUCAAAAGUCGGUGAUAUGAACGUGGUCACUUUUCUGCUUUCAAUGUGUGCAUUCAUUUUCUUAUAUAUUGGUAAAGAUUGCAUCAAUCCGCUUUUUCGCAAGAAAUUCAAAUGCGUACCGUUACCGUUCGAAUUGAUGUUGGUUACUCUCGCCACAGUCGUAUCGUAUAUAUUCGCAUUCGAGCAACGAUACCAAAUGAAAGUUGUCGGCGUCGUACCGGUCGGAUUUCCGAGUGCAGAAAUGCCUCGUCUUGAACUGAUUCCAUACGUGUACAAGGAUGCGUUCGAGAUUGCUUUUGUUAUUGUGGCAGUUCAUUUGUCGAUGUGUAAAGUGUUCAGUAGACGUCACAUCUACAGUACUGAUAAUAAUCAGGAGCUGUAUGCAAUCGGUCUCACGGGUGUCAUUUCUUCGUGUUUCCUCACCUAUCCGGUCUCAUCAGCACUUGGCCGUUCGAUGCUGAUGGAGGAAAGUGGCGGUAAGACGCAGCUAUCAGCGCUGUUCUCUUCAGCACUCGUUUUGGUCGUCAUUCUAUGGCUAAGUCCAUAUCUGCAGUAUUUACCGAUGUGCAUUCUCGCGGUCAUACUCAUAUUCUCGAUGAAGAACAUUUUCCGGAAGCGUGAUGAAUUACAAUGCUUGUGGCGCGUCUCCAAAGUCGAUUUUGCGAUUUGGAUGUUUAGUUUCAUAUGUACCGUAUUCACAAACGUAAUGUGGGGGUUGGUGCUUUCUGUGGCAUUCGCAUUGUUAACGACCGUCUUUAGAACACAGUGGUUAGAAGAUUAUGAUUUCUGUACAACAGCUGAAUUGCCACGAUGGCAUUUGCUGUCACGACUGGAAGGAACUGAUGAUUACCGUGAUACCGGACGUUACGGUCGUGUUACGGACAUAGACCAUAUUCGCAUAUUUCGUUUUGAUGCUCCUCUUCUAUUCACGAAUGUCGACCACUUCCGAAGUGCGGUUGAGAAGGCCACAAUCACAUGUCCGGUAAUGAGUCUAGCGACACUCGAUAACGUUCUUGAAGUGGAAUGUCCGAAUAAAGCUAUUCGCAAGAAAUGUGCUGUUAAAAGGACGAGUUUCAAGCGAUCCAUCAGUGAAUAUCACGAUUCAGCAAUGCGUCGUAUUGAACAUCUUAUAAUUGAUUGCUCAGGUUUUACGUUUGUUGACUUCAUGAGUGUAAACUCACUGAUUGAAAUUUAUCAACAAACGCGUUAUAAUGGAAUACAAGUUUAUUUCGCUGGCGCUAAAGCACCCAUACGAGACAUGUUCGAAGCGUGUGGAUUUUACAAAUCCGUAUCCAAGGAUCAUUUCUAUCCAUCAAUUCAUGACGCUGUACAAGCGGCUAACAUGAAUCAGCAGAUCCGACUGUUCAAAAGGGCAAAACAAAAACGAGUGGACGCCGAGGUGACGAAAAUUGAAAACGCGAAAUUUUUGAGCAAUUCUUGUGUUGAUGACCGCAAAAUUAGCAUUGAAUGCAUCAAAGCGCAAACGCCAAUUGAAAACGACGUCGAAGAGUUUUGCAUGCAACAGCAGCAGCAGCAUUCGAACGAGCGAGAAUGCACUGAUCGUGAGAGUAGCACUGACCAGGAUGAUCCAGACAAUCAAAACACACGAACCACGUACUUAUCUGAUCGUUAUUAG